GGCCACCUUCUCCCAGCAGUCAUCUUCCUCUUGCCUGGACGAGGGAAGGAGAAGCUGUGACCAAGUCAAAGCUCCCCGAACGGCGGCCUCCAGCUACAGCCCCUCCAGCUCCCAGGUGAGAAAUGCAGUCAUCUUCCCAGCCUGCCCCAGGCUGCGGCCUGCUCCGGCUCCCUCUCCUGCUCCUACUGGCUGCCCUGCUGACUGGGACACUCAGUGAAACGGGCCAAAGCUGCUACGGUAUUCCAGGCCUGCCUGGCUUUCCAGGUGCUCCGGGCAAAGAUGGCCGAGACGGGCUGAAGGGGUCCAAAGGGGAGCCGGGUGCCCCAGCAACUCCCGGCAUCCACGGCCCCAAAGGGCAGAAAGGAGAGCCCGGUAGCCCCGGACCCGUGGGGAAGAAUGGUCCGAUGGGGCCCGCAGGGCUGCCGGGUGACCCCGGGGUUCAGGGUCCCCCCGGAGAGCCCGGCUUGCCCGGCAUGUUCAAACACAAGCACCAGUCGGUGUUCACAGUGAUGCGAGAGACCCAGGAGUACCCGGCCAAAAACAGCCCUGUCAGGUUCAACACCGUCAUCACCAACCCCCAGCAGGACUACAACACUCUCUCAGGCAAGUUCUCCUGCCGUGUUCCCGGACUCUACUACUUCGUCUUCCACACAUCCCAGGAGGCCAACUUGUGUGUCAUCUUGUACAAGGAUGGUGAUAAGAUGGCCAGCUUCUGCGACCACAUGUCCAACACCAGGCAGGUCAGCUCUGGGGGCGUCCUGCUCCACAUGGAGAGUGGCCAGCAGGCGUGGCUGGCCGUCAAUGAUUACAACGGCAUGGUGGGCAAGAAGGGUUCUGACAGUGUCUUCUCUGGCUUCCUGCUCUUCCCUGACUAGAGGCCUAGGAAAGUGGGGGCAGUGGCCAACUUGCCUGAUUCACAGGCCUUCCUCUGGGCCUCUCUCUGGGCUUUUCUCUCUCUCUCUCAGGGCUUCUCUCUGAGCCUCUCUCUGAUCCUCUUUCUGAGCCUUUCUCUGGGCCUUUUUCUGGGUUUCUCACUCGGACUCUCUCUGGGACUCUCUCUGGACCUUUCCCUGGGCCAUUCUCUGGGUCUUUCUCUGGACUUCUCUCUGGCCUUUCUCUGGGUUCCUCUCUGGGCCUCUCUCUCUGAGUCUCUCUCUCAGCCUUUCCCUGGGCUUCCCCUGGGCCUCUCUCUGGUCUUCUUUUAGACUGGUCUUUGGGCUAGUCUCUUGGUUUCUAUCUCUGAGCCAGUUUCUAGGCCACUCUUCUGGCCUUCCUGCCUCACGACUUCUCAUAGUUCCACUUCUGCCAGGUGGAGAGAGACUUGAGAAAUA